CCCACGGUAAGAUAUUUUUGCAAACUAAGGGACGUUACUCUCACUAGAUUACACGGAAGCACGCAAACACCGAAGAGAUGAAGAUUAUAAGUGUUCUGCUUGUGUUGGUGGCGUCCUGCCUCAGUGGUUACAUGGCUGAUGAUGAAGGUGAACCCCGGCUGCUUGCUUCCAAGAAUAUUCUUAAUCAGUAUUUAGUGGAAAAUAAGGACCUGACUGUGGAAUAUAAAAUCUUCAAUAUCGGUGGAAGUGCAGCUCAAAAUGUGCGUCUAGAGGAUGCAGGGUUCCCAGAGGCAGAUUUUCAGCUGGUUGCUGGCAAUGUACAGGCCACAUGGGAGAGAAUUGCUCCUAAUACAAACGUAUCCCACUCUGUUAUUGUCCGCCCAGUGAGCUCUGGAUACUACAACUUUACGGCUGCUGAGAUCAGCUAUUCAGCUGGAGCAGAUGCUAAGAAGAGACAGGUUGGUUACACAAGCUCACCAGGAGAGGGUGGCAUCGUCAACUUCAAAGAAUUCAACAGAAGGUUUUCCCCACAUGUGGUUGACUGGUGCGUUUUUGCCAUCAUGACCCUGCCGUCCCUCGGCAUCCCCUUCCUGCUGUGGUGGUCCAGCAAGUCCAAGUAUGACUCGAAACCCAAGAGGAGCUAACACAUGAUGCACCCUAGAUCAGUUAGGAAUUUGAGUUUAGGAUUUUUUCAAUGAAAUUUUGUUAUGAGAAUUAAAAGCUGGAUUCUGUAUUUUUUGUAGGCGUAUUUUUUAAAUUAAUUAUUGUGCAAAGGCAGUAAAAACUGUCUCGGCUCUAUUCAAGCUGUCAUUUACUCAUUCUGCUGGAGUUUGUUCUGUUUUUUUGCGUUUACAUGAAAAAAUCUUAUAUUAACCAAGUAUUUAAGUUAUAAUGACAUUACACCAUGUUUUAUAAAAACAAUGUUUGAUUGAAAACUGUUCAACAUAAGAUCACUUAAUUAAAUUAUUUUUCAAGCUCGGUUUUGACUAUACAUCAGGAAAACAACACAAAUUAUAAGACAGUCUUGACUUCUGUUAGAAUAAUCAAUGUUUUACUUGUUCUAAGAUAAGUAUGAUAUGAAAUAUUAUGUAACAUGAGAGGUUUUAUGUAUUGCUUUGAACUGUUUUCCUUUUUUUGUCAGAUAUUUUCCGUUUAAAUGGUAAGACUAUGUACAUGCAUUUUACUAUUGCUCAUUUCAUUCCAUUUUAAAGUUGGUAUUCACAUCAAAAUGUACGUGUCCUUUGCUUAUAAACUCCUCAUCAAAAGAAAGAUAAGGAUGUUUGAAAUGAAUUUCUGCAUUGAAUAGGAUUACCUCCCUGUAUUUAUUUCAUGCAUUUAUGACUUUUCAGUAAAGCUUCCUUCAAUGUUUUGUACAUUCAGCAUGUCAGUUGCACCUUCUUUACAAUAUACGAGGAGUUUUUUCAACUGCAAUACUACAUGUAUAUAUGUGAAUGUCUUAGACUGGCUGUGUCUGCAUACAAUUGUCAACUAAAGUGUUUGAUAUAGUUCUAAUUGGUUUACACAGUAUGUAAAUAUCAUCUCAACAUCAAUUUAAUGUUUCAGAAAGUCAUUUUUAAAUAAAUAUUGAAACAUA